AUGUCGUGGAUCAAUUAUUCUAGCGACCGCGAGUCACUGGAAUUUCCCAGUGGUGUGCUCCGUGUUGCAGAGAAACGGGGAUACUUCACAGAUAACGGGAUUCGUAUCCUAUCUAUAAAGACUUCCGUAUACCCUAAAAUCGGUCAUUUUACCUCUUCAAAACAAUCCCCCGAAGGUCUAAUGUCUGCCUCGGUGAUUCUGUUGCGGUAUUUAGGUAGACGUCAGAUCCUGUCCUACUUCUCAGUAGCGGCGCAGGUGGACGCGACGAAGCACAGGUUCACCGACUUGGAAGCAUACUUCGCCCCUUGCAAGUCUGCGUUGGAUGUUCGUAAGACCACGCCACCUAAAUUGCAAAGUUUCUUGGAUGAAGGGGAACACCGGUUGGGUGAGAUACUGGGAGCUCCGAAGGUGGAAUGUGAACAUGUAAGGAGCACAAUUACUUUAACCCAGGACACUGAACACUAUGACGUUCUUUCGAAAAACACGGAUGGUUGGCUACCAGAGUCUGACGAAAGCUACGUGGGAAGCAGAUAG